UGCGGCCCGUUGUUAUGACGACACGGUCGUAAAUCCGCCAUCUUCCUGUGGUGCGUUGCGACAUGGAGGGCGCGAUGGCAGUGCGGGUGACGGCCGCUCAUACGGCAGAAGCCCGGGCCGAAGCCGGGCGUGAAGCGGGCGAGGGCGGGGUUGCGGCGGCGGCGGCCUUAUCCCCCGGCGGCUUCCUGGGGCUCCCAGCGCCCUUCAGCGAGGAAGACGAGGACGAUGUGCACAGAUGUGGCCGUUGCCAAGUGGAGUUCACUGCUUUGGAGGACUUUGUCCAGCACAAGAUUCAGAAGACCUGCCAUCGGGCCCCACAAGAGGCUCUGCCCACCACCCCUGCUGCCACUGCGCUGCUGGGCCAGGAGGUGGUGCCAACAGCAGCAGAGGGCGGUCCAGAGGAAGCCAUCACUGUGGCCCACAUUGUGGUGGAGGCCACCUCUCUGGCAGAAGACAUCAGCCAUGCUCCUGACCUUGUUGGAAGUGGGCACAUCAAAGAGGUCAUUGUGGCUGCUGAGGCAGAGCCAGGGGAUGGCGAGGUGGAGGCUCCAGGCAGUCCUAACCAUCAGGAACUUGGGCUUACUGGGGAGGGCGAGCAGGCCCAAGCCAAGCUGCUGGUGAACAAGGAAGGCCGCUACGUGUGCAUGCUGUGUCACAAGACCUUCAAAACGGGCAGCAUCCUCAAGGCCCACAUGGUAACGCACAGCAGCCGCAAGGACCAUGAGUGUAAGCUCUGUGGAGCCUCCUUUCGGACCAAGGGCUCUCUGAUCCGGCAUCACCGACGUCACACUGAUGAGCGCCCCUACAAAUGUGCCAAGUGUGGAAAGAGUUUCCGAGAGUCAGGCGCGCUGACUCGGCACCUCAAAUCUCUCACUCCAUGCACAGAGAAGAUCCGCUUCAGCAUAAGCAAGGACACAGCUUCAGGCAAAGAGGAAGUGCCUGCAGGGUCCAGUGCCUCCACUGUGGGGACAGUGACAUCAUCAGUGGCAGGAGAACCCAUGGAGACAUCCCCUGUGAUUCACCUGGUGACAGAUGCCAAGGGCACUGUCAUCCAUGAAGUCCAUGUCCAGAUGCAGGAGCUUCCCCUGGGCAUGAAAGCCCUGACCCCAGAGUCCCCAGACUCCGAGGAGCUCCCCUGUUCCAGUGAGAACAGCCGUGAGAACCUGCUACAUCAGGCCAUGCAGAAUUCCGGCAUUGUCCUUGAGAGGGUUGCUGGGGAGGAGAGUACUCUGGAGCCAGCCCCUCCCUCUGGGACCAGUCCCCAGGCCCUGGGAGAGGGACUCCCAGAGCUGCCACUGCUGAAGGUGGAGCAGAUGGAGACAACACAGGUGGCCAGUGAGGCCGCCUCCGUGCCCAAGACCCACCCGUGCCCUCAGUGCAGCGAGACUUUCCCAACGGCAGCCACGCUGGAGGCCCACAAGAGAGGUCAUAUAGGGCCGAGGCCAUUCACCUGCACACAGUGUGGCAAGGCCUUCCCCAAAGCCUACCUGCUCAAGAAGCACCAGGAGGCGCAUGUGCACGAGCGCCGCUUCCGCUGUGGAGAUUGCGGGAAGCUCUAUAAGACCAUUGCUCAUGUGCGAGGCCACCGACGAGUCCACUCAGAUGAGAGGCCUUUCCCUUGUCCCCAGUGUGGCAAGCGUUACAAAACCAAGAAUGCCCAGCAAGUGCACUUCCGGACACAUCUGGAAGAAAAGCCCCAUGUGUGCCAGUUCUGCAGCCGAGGCUUCCGGGAGAAGGGCUCCCUGGUGCGGCAUGUGAGGCACCACACAGGCGAGAAACCCUUCAAGUGCUACAAGUGUGGCCGUGGUUUUGCGGAGCACGGCACACUCAACCGGCACCUGCGCACUAAAGGGGGCUGCCUGCUGGAAGUGGAAGAGCUGCUGGUAUCUGAGGAAAGCCCCUCUACGGCUGCCACCGUGCUUGCAGAAGACCCCCACACCGUGCUGGUAGAGUUCUCAUCUGUGGUAGCUGACACCCAAGAGUACAUUAUUGAGGCUACUGCAGAUGACACAGAGACCAGUGAAGCCACUGAGAUCAUUGAGGGCACCCAGACAGAGGUGGACAGUCACAUCAUGAAGGUGGUACAGCAGAUCGUGCACCAGGCUGGUGCGGGGCACCAGAUCAUCGUGCAGAAUGUCACCAUGGACCAGGAGGCAGCAUUGGGCUCAGAGGCAGCUGCUGCAGACACGAUCACCAUCGCCACGCCUGAGAGUCUUACUGAGCAGGUGGCCAUGACGCUGGCUUCAGCAAUCAGUGAGGGCACUGUGCUCACAGCCCGGGCAGGUCCAAACAGUACUGAGCAGGCCACUGUGACAAUGGUGUCAUCAGAAGACAUAGAGAUCCUGGAGCAUGGAGGAGAACUGGUCAUUGCGUCACCAGAGGGCCAGCUUGAGGUGCAGACAGUCAUUGUAUAGCUUGAGGGCCUCGAACUGCUGUGGACAGAAGAUGGAGCGAGGACCCUGGGUGUCUGCCCUCACCUGCUUGGUCAGAGGCGUCCACAUUCAGGCAGCCAGAGGGGAGAGAGCGAACUCGCAGUUUUGUUUUGUUUAUUUUUUUUGUGUGUGUGUUUGUUUGUUUGUUUUCUGCUUUACAAUAAAACAAAAAACCUGCA